GGUAACACUGCCGCAGCACCUAGCCAGCUCCUGUUUCAAGCUUUAGCAACCGACGUCUGUCCGACUUCCAUUUGUCUCCUCUUCCACCGACACAGCCAAUUUCAGUUUCAACUUCCAAAAUGGCCGAGGACAAACAACCACCUGCCGUCGUCGAGGGCGCCACUGGCGGUGACGUUGAGGAAGAGGUUCAGCCCACGGCCAAGUCCGCCGAGGACCGCAAGGCCGCCGCUGCUUUGUCCAGCCUCGACUCCAACCGCGAAGACGAGUCCUCCGCCCAGGUCGACCAGGAUGCCGUCCAAAACGCUUUCCACUCUCUCAGCACUGCUGGCAGCAAGCAGGCCGAGGUGAAGAAGGUCAAGGUCGAUGCGGCCGAUGUCGCCCUUCUUGUCGAGGAGCUCGAGCUCACCAAGGCCAAGGCUACUGAGCUGCUCAAGGCCCAUGAUGGCGACGCUGUCAAGGCCAUCAACGCCUAUGUUGCUGCCCCCGCGGCUUGAAAAACCAUACUCCCCAGUUAGAGAACAAACAACAGACCAUAUGAAGCCGAUUUACAGUCUGAGGACCCCAUAGCCGCCCAUCGAUCUGUUUGUAUACUUGAGCUAUACGCGACAUACUAUACCACAUGUUUCCAGCAAUGACGACGACCAAAACAUAUUUGUGACAGAGGAUGGGCAUGCAUAGGCCGGGCCAGGAAAGGGAGUUUGGGGCAGGGCGCGAUGGAUUAGACAAAAAGGGCAGCCCAUCAUAUAUAUCGACUGAAUCGGGAGCGAUGUUGGGCAUGAAAGUUCUUUUUGGUUGCUUGACGUGGACGUAAACGCGCGGCCGGUUGCUGGAAUAGAGUUGGUAUAAAGUUGUCGACCUUCCGCAUCUGUUCUAGCGCUUACACGUCCCGUCUCCAGGGCAAAGCAAAGGUACAUUUGAAUACUCCCAUACAAUUCUUUCAUGGUAGAGUCAUCAUGUAUGAUACUCACAAAGAGAAACCGUUGGUUACCGAGAAGGGCCCUAUGAAUGC